UGAUUCAAUUGAACGGAGUCGUCGAAGGGUGAUCGCUGACGUUUUGAUCUUUUGACAGUCUUUUAUCUUAUACGACUUCUCCCCUAGAUUUGUCUUCCUUCUAGCCGUCUUCUAAAAAGGGCAGAGGUCAAAUAAAGAAAUAAGGUCUAGUCUGGUUCAUACCCUAGGCUCCACUGGUAACAAUCGCAACUUACAACCAUUGUACAUCAUCACCCGACGUCGGAAAAUGACCGGGGAACACAUUGGCCCAUGGCGGACGGCCGUUCAGGGCCAUUUAUCUCCUGAUACAAAUGGGGACGCUCAAACGGACUACUCGCGGUGGAGGUUGCGCGAUGAUCGCGGUCGUCAGACCUGGCAUUACCUCGAGUCGGACGAAGAGAAUGAAGCGUGGGCGCAAACUGUCGCUGAUAAGUAUUUUAUGGGCUUGCCCACCGGACUCCCAGACUUGCCGCCGGCAAAGACGCCGCUGCAAUGCGCGGAGAAUGGCUUGGAGUUCUUCUCCAAGCUUCAGCUCGAGCCCGGAAACUGGGCUUGCGAGUAUGGUGGUCCCAUGUUCCUCCUGCCGGGAGUGCUCAUCACCUAUUAUGUGACCCAUACUCCCAUUCCGCCGGAGUAUGCAACCGAGAUCAAGCGGUAUCUCUUCGCCCGCCAGAACCCGAACGAUGGCGGCUGGGGUCUUCACAUUGAGGCCCACAGCUCGGUCUUCGGAACUGCAAUGAACUACGUUGCUCUGCGCCUGGUCGGCGUCGGUGAAGAUGAUCCGCGCAUGAUCAAGGCCCGUGGGUUGCUCCAUAGCUUUGGCGGCGCCCUCUAUGGACCCCACUGGGCCAAGUUCUGGCUCAGUAUUCUGGGAGUCAUGGAGUGGGACUGCGUCAAUCCUGUACCCCCCGAGAUCUGGCUCCUCCCGGACUGGGUUCCUUUUGCCCCGUGGCGGUGGUGGAUCCACAUGCGCCAGGUUUUCCUGCCCAUGUCAUAUCUCUGGUCCAAGCAGUUCUCCCACCCCUUGGAUUCGUUGACCAAGCAGCUUAGACAAGAACUGUAUACCCAGCCGUACGACUCGAUUGACUUUGCAAGCCAUCGGAAUUCCAUCCACGAGGCUGAUAACUACUACCCGAAAACAUGGCUCCUGAACCUGGCCAACCAGGCCCUGGUCCACCUCUGGAAUCCCUACUUCCGGUUGAACUCCGUGGUCCGCCGCGCGGAGGAGUGGACCUGGGAGUUGAUCCGGAUGGAAGACGAGAAUACCGACUAUGCGGGGCUGGGACCCGUGAGCAACCCGAUGAACAUGAUUGCCUGCUACAUCCAUGACGGUCCCGAUAGCUAUUCGGUCCGUCGUCACCGGGAGCGUCUGAACGACUACAUGUGGAUGAAUAACGAGGGCAUGCUCGUGAACGGCACCAACGGCGUCCAGGUGUGGGACACGGCUUUUAUCACGCAGUGCAUUGUGGUGGCCGGGUUUGCAGACGACCCCAAGUGGCGCCCCAUGCUCACCAAGGCCUUGGAGUUCCUCGAAGAUCACCAGUUGCGCGAGAAUGUGCCGGACCAGGAGAAGUGUUACCGCCAGCACCGGAAGGGCGCCUGGCCGUUCAGCAAUAAAACCCAGGGAUACACCGUGAGCGAUUGCACCGCGGAGGGCUUACGCUCCACCAUUCAGCUGCAGGACAUGCAUGGCUUCCCGCGCCUAAUCUCCUUGGACCGCCUCAAGGACAGCGUGGACUGCUUGCUCCUGAUGCAGAACCCUUCCGGUGGGAUUUCCGAGUACGAGACGAGGAGGGGAUCGCCCAAGAUCGAGUGGUUGAAUGCUGCCGAGGUGUUCGGGGGGAUCAUGAUCAGCUACGACUAUCCCGAGUGCACGACGGCCACCGUCACCGCCCUCUCGCUGUUCAGUCGAUUUUACCCAGACUACCGCGCCGACGAGAUCCGAGCCGCCAAGGACAAGGCCGUAGCGUAUAUCAAACGGGUGCAGAGAGAUGAUGGGAGCUGGUACGGCUCGUGGGGCAUCUGUUUUACCUACGCAGCCAUGUUCGCUCUGGAGAGUCUGACCAGUAUUGGGGAGACGUACGAGACGAGCGACUAUUCCCGCCGGGGCUGCGAGUUCCUUCUAUCUAAGCAGAAGGAGGAUGGCGGCUGGGGAGAGUCCUAUCUCAGCAGCGAGCGACACGUCUACACCCAGCACGAGACAUCCCAAGUGACCCAGACCGCCUGGGCGGCUCUUGCGCUGAUGGAGGCGGGCUACCCGCACAAGGAACCGCUCCGCAAGGCCAUGCAGUUGAUGAUGUCGCGGCAGCAGCCCAACGGUGAAUGGCUGCAGGAGGCCAUUGAGGGGGUGUUCAACCAAUCCUGUAUGAUCUCCUACCCGAACUACAAGCUCUACUGGCCCAUCCGGGCUCUGGGGCUGUACAGUAAGAAGUUUGGCAAUGAUGAGCUGGUCUAGGGGCGCUGGGGGGAUUUCAUAUAUCUAGUAAUGUGUACGUUUUGCAAAGCGCUACAAGUUUAAUGUUAUAAUUCUACAUAAU